UGGUCUUCAAGCUAUACCUUUGAUCUUUCUCCCCCAAUUAUGCGCAUAUAUAUAUAGGGUUUUUGCUACUUCAUCAUUUGUAUAAUGGCUUGUGCUGAUGAUCAUCAUGAAGUCUCACACUCAUCUCUCACUUCCACAAAGACUCUCAUCUCUCCAACAUUCACCCCUCAUUACACAAAUCUUUUCCCACCCAAUCACAACCCUGCAGGUAAUGUAAGGCAUGAAGAAAGAAGGAGAAUUUUGAAAAAGAAACCAUUAAUGGGAAGUAGUUCACGGUGGAAUCCAACGACGGAGCAGCUGCUAGCCCUUGAGGAGUUGUAUCGUCGUGGAACACGAACUCCAACGGCAGAGCAAAUCCAGCAGAUUGCAGCAUAUCUUCGACGCUUCGGUAGGAUUGAAGAGAAGAAUGUUUUCUACUGGUUUCAAAAUCACAAAGCUAGAGAGCGCCAGAAACGCCGCCGUACUGAAAUGGCAUCACUACACUUCCCAGAUCAGCAACAACAUCAUAGCAUUAAUAAAAGUCUACAUAAACAAGAAUCAGUGAUGAUCAGGAGGACAGGUUCAGAAGUUAAACACAUGACAAAGAAGUGGGCACCUCUUUUAGACUGCUGUAUUCUUAUGGAGGAAUCUGCUAAUUCGAUGCAUAGAGCAGCAAUAACAGAAAGAGAGACAAAGAGCACAGUUGGAAGGCAUCAUGGUACGUGGCAAAGCAUACAGAUGCCUUGUCCUCGGCCUCCUCCUUCCAUCCAGACAUUGACCUCAACCUUAUCAGACACAAAGCUCUCAAACACUUGUCAUUAUGGUAUGUUAUUCACACCCACUAAAGAGGAUCAAAUUAGAAGAGAAUCUAUAACUCUUAACCUCUUUCCGGCGCCCCAUGGUUAUGAUUCUGAUGGCAAUUGUAUCACCGGAGAGGACACAAAAGAGCUGCCUAUCCCAAUCACUAGGGACCAAUUUUUUGAGUUUCUUCCUCUCAAGAACUGAAGAAAAC